AUGUCACCAAAGCUCAACAAUAAAGCACUCUACGUGACGGAGGAUGGGCAGUUUAUCAUUCGAAAUGACCUUGAUCAUGAACCAAUCGCGCCAAACGAGUUGCUGAUAGAGACACGCUAUUCUGGAGUCAAUCCAGCGGACAUUAAGCACUCCACACAUCUCGGCAUCCAGGCGACAGUACUCGGUUAUGACUUCGCAGGCCAAGUUCUCAAGGCUCCACCCGGUUCCGAGUUCAAGGAAGGGGAUGCCGUCGCAGGAUACACGCCGUCAAAUCUGGGACGACCGACGAAAUACGGCGCCCACCAAAGUUUCCUUGCGGUUCCGUCUGACAUGGCGUUUAGAAUCCCUUCGAACCUGCCAGAGGCUCACGCAGCGGCCCUUACUGCAGUGGCCAUGACCGCCGCCGACAUUGUGCACAACUUGUUCAAGUUUCCCUUACCUACGAACCCCGGCGACUAUUCCGCUCCGAUUUUGAUCUGGGGCGCCUCCUCGGCCGUCGGACUUUGUACUCUGCAGCUGGCACGAGCUAGCGGUUGCAGAAACGUCUUUGUCACGGCCUCUCCGGCUCGCCACGAUCUCCUCGUCAACCUUGGGGCAACACAUACCUUUGACUACUCCUCCCCAACAGUUGUGGCAGAAAUCAAAUCGGCUGUUGAAGCGCUCGGGCAGGGACCCAUUACCCAUGCUGUUGAUGCAGCUGGCACAGAAGGAGAAGUAUCCUCAGCGGACCUAACAGCCCAGAGCGCCAGCGAUUCGUUAGUGCUCUCUUCGGUUGUACUCCGCCGAGACAGUAAGUUCAAGAUGCCUGUGGGUAUGACGAAGGACGUGUUUCGUAUUCACCCACCUGGUGCCCCAGAGCCUAUUAUAAUUGCCGCCAGGCCAGCGGAUCAUUGGAACGCUUGGAGCGCGCUGCAAUGGGCCGUCGCCAACUACGGUACCAAGUUCGAGUUGCCGUCCGUCAGUGUCCUCGAUGUGACAGCGGAAGAAGCGCUAGGGGAGCUAGUUGGUGUUGCAAGUGGGAAGCGAGGCUUUGGAAAGAUCGUGUUUCAACAACCCCUCAAAUAA